AUGCUGGGAAUUUUAUACAGCUGCCCCAUCAAAAGGAAGCUGCGGCCCUGCUCGGGCCUCGGGCAGCCUAGCUCUUCUAGCAAAAGAGAUCGCUGGGCAGUGAAGGAUGCUGGCCAUGGCAAACACAAAGACACGCUUGCGUCGCCUGCCUUGCAGGAGGGAGAGCACUUUGCAACUCACUGCGACGGGAUGUAUGCUAACGACAACGACGAGUGCAGUAUCUACUCCGUCGUCCUGUACCUGAACGAGGACUACGAGGGUGGCGAGCUUGAAUUCACCGACUCCGGCAAACGCUUCCGGCCGACAGCCGGCACUGCAGUGCUGCUUCCACACGACCUUCCACAUGCUGGACUUGAGGUCAGCAAGGGCAUCAAGUAUGUGGCUCGGAGCGAGCUCAUGUUCCGCUGCGUGGAUCGCCGUCCCCCGCCGGCAAUUCCAAAGUAUGCUGACGAUCCCUUGUUCCGGCGCAUGGCGGCCCUCUACGAGCAGAUCGGGGAUCUGGCUGCAAAGGGAGAUGCCUCAGUGACCACCAAGGCUUAUCAGGAGGCGCUUGGCCUUCAGAUUGCACACCAGGGAACUGAUGCCAAGCGACGUGCCACGAACCCCCUCCCUUUCGAGGAGAAGUCACUGGAGCACAUCCUUGGCUUUCUGCAUCCUCUGGAGGUACACAUCCUCAUGGGUUGUGGUGGCGGUAGGGCAGAGGCGCUUCCAGAGAAGAGGGCUUGUGCUUUCGAUUGGGUGGUGCGCUCUGGCAGAGCUUUUGCCGACUUCGAUGGCCGAACGACAGUGAGGCGCUCAAUGCGCGGCGCUUGGAACAACCAAAGCGGGGAUAUGCUUUUGAAGGUCAUUGUGCUCCUCAUUAACUAUACAGAGGCAGACAGAAAGAGCAUCGGUGAGUCUGAGGCGGUCGAAAUGCAAGCUCACAUGCCGCAAGGAAACACUUCACGUGGUGGCGAGUACACGAUGCCCGAUGUUGGCAAGGUCGAUUUUCAAACAGUGGCAGAGGCAUUCUCUUGGGCAUUCCGAAAGCUGGGAAUCAGGGCGACCGACUACCAGCUGGUUGCCCCGCUCCUACCGGGCUUGCUGAAACAGACGGGUCGCGCGCGGCUGGCGCAGAUAUUGACGCAGCGGUUUGAGGUCCCCCGGCUCUCCUUCGUCGACGCACCCCUCUGCGCCCUGCGGGCCCGAGGGCUCAAGACUGGAACUGUGAUCUGA